CAGUGCCCACAAUAACUCGAUCCUUACGCUACGCAUAACUCACAAGUUAAAAAGAAACCUCCUGAUCAUAGUUACCGAACGAAAAUUAGGGCCGCGGCGCUUAUUCGAACAAAUACGGGUGCUUUCGUUAUAUGUUCUAUCUACGAAGUGUUUUUUUUUUAUUAUCUGCAUUGAUAAAAGCCUGGUUUUACAAAGACAAAGACAAAGAUGAUUUAUUAAACUCAGCUCAGUUUUACAUGACAUAAAGGUUAAAUUUACAUAGGCAUCUACACACAGUACAACUAAGGUAUACAAGAAAAAUAGUAACAACAAAAUGGAGAGUGAGUUGGGAUCAUCCAAAUGGCAAAGGCUAAUCUAGUGGAUGACCCCUGCAUUAAAAUACAAUUACAGACAGAAUACAGAAUACAGAAUAUAUAUAUACACAUUUUUUAUAAAACGUAUUUUUUCAUGCGCUAAGGCAGGUAAUUCUGCCUUAUGAACAAUUGAGGAUAGAGUUCUUAAGGGUUUUACGAAAUAUUCUAAGAGAAUUUGAAUUAGUUAUACUUGUAGGCAAGGAGUUCCAAAGGCGAGGACCAGUGAAUUUUAGGGAGCGUAAGCGUAUUAACUGAGGUUACAUAAAAAUUUCUAUUACAGGAUUGCCUCGUUGAAUAAGAAUGAACAGAAGAAGUAAAUUUGAAAUAUUCACUAAAACAGGAGGGUAACAGUCUGCGUGACCACUGAUAAACAAAAGAGAGUAUCUGUGAUUCACUGACAUCUUUGAGCUUAAGUAGAUUGAGAGAUUUGAACAGAGGCUCAGAAUGUGAUUUUGGUUCGGAGAAACUUGAUAUUAUUCUGAUUGCUUUUUUCUGGAUAAUAAAUAAUUGUGUGAGAAAUGAGGGAAAGGUUAAACCCCAGACAUGGACAGCAUAAGUGAGGAAAGGAUAGAUAAGAGAGCAAUAUAGCAUGACAAGAAAAUGGUUGUCAACAAAAUGUCACACUUUUGACAAGAUACAUGUACCUACUGUUUUUUAUAGUUUCAGACAAAGCUCAUUAAUAUGACUUUUUCAAGUUAAGUUGGAAUCAAAUGUUAAGACUAGGUACUUAGUAGAGUCAACUUGUUUAAUAAGUGCAUCAUCAAUUUUAAUUCUUAAUGAUUGAUUAGGUUUAAGUUUACUGGAAUGAAAAAGAGUAAAGUUAGUUUUAGAGAUACUACUGUAAGUGCUAAUCGAUUACAUUUCAUCCAUUCGGCAACAGAUUUAGGUUUGCUUCAAGGAGACUAAGGUUUUUGCUAGAAAAAUAAAGAUUAUUGUCAUCAGCAAAUAGAUGAAAUGUUAGUAAGCUAGAAGUAUUGGGCAAAUCAUUUACAUAUAAUAAGAAUGAAAGGGGUCCUAGAAUAGAGCCUUGUUGAACACCACAAGCGGCUGGCAAGGAAUUUAAGUGAGUUAUGACCAUUAACAUUUACAAAUUGUUCUCCUUGGGAUAAAUAAGAUUUAAGCCAACCAUGCACAACAAGUCUUAUUCCAUAAGGGUUAAGCUUAGUUAAAAGGAUUACACGAUUAACAGUCUCGAAUGCUUUUUUCAAAUCUAUAAAUAUACCACUGCCAAAUUCAUUAUUAUCAAUUGACUGGCGAAUAGAUUCAGUGAUAGAAAUAAUAAGAGCAUGGGUAGUCGAAAAUUUUUCUCUGAAACCAAACUGAAGUGGAUAAAGUAUUUUUAGUUCCUCCAAAUAACUGUAGAGAGAAUGAUACAUAGCUUUUUCAAACAAUUUACUAAAGUUGGAAAGUACAGAAAUUGGUCUAUAAUUGUUUUUGUCAAAUCUUGAGCCUUUCUUAAAGACAGGAGUAAUCCUUGCCAAUUUUAAUUUCUCGGGAAAAUUACCACUAGCAAAGGAAUUAUUGACUAAAAAUGCAAGAGGCUCACAUAUAUGGUCCCUAAUAGUUUUCAAAAUGGUAACAGGUACACUGUAUGGGCCAGAAGACUUGCUAGCAUCCAUUUUAGCAAUAAAAGUCCAGAUUUCAUGCGAAGUGACAGGGGAUAAAAAAAUUGAUCCUGAGUAGCUACCCCUAAGGUAGAAUGAUGGGCUCUGACUUCCCCGGGGGAUUCCCUUCUCUGUAGUUUACCAACAUUUGCAAAAAAGUUAUUAAAGAUGUUUGUAAUGUCUUCAGGAUUGUCAAAAGACUUAUUAUUAUUUAAAAUGGAAGUUAUGUAGCUGUUUUUACAUUUACCAACGUUUAAGAUCGAUCUAAUACCAUACCAUAGCUUUUGCAUGUUAUGCUUAUUAAAAGAAAAAUAUUGAUUAAAAUAUGAGGUCAGUUUUACUAUCUUUCAGAUCUUUAGCAACCCUAUUUCUAAAUUUCUUAUAGAGAUAAUGAAGGUUAGGAUUUGGUUGUUUACUUUUAAGUAAUUUGGAAUAUAGUUUAUCCCUAUACUUCAUUUAAGCAAAGAUUUCUUUAGUAUUCCAAGGCUUGGAGGAUAUUUUAACCUCCUUCUUGGAGAGCCUUUUAUAAGGUGCGAUUUGGUCAUGAAAAAACAUCAAACUUGCUAUUAGUGUUCCAAUUACAAAUUGUAAAUAGGAGAGAAAUCAAGCUGAGAUAUUUCAUCAAUAAAAGCUUCCUCACUGAAAUGAGAAUAGUCAUGUUUGUAAUAGUUAAAAGUGGCAUAAUUUACUUUAAGAUCUUCAAUGAUCAGAAACUGUGGGAAAUGGUCAGAUAUUUUGGUUAGACUAGAUUUCCACUAAGAGCAUUAAAGUUGAAAGUGUUAGCAAAAAUGUUGUCAGUUAAAGUGGCACUUCUAUCGGUUUUACGGGUUGGUUGGGGAAUAUAAGGCAAUGGUUAAUUAGAGUUCAUCAUACUGAGAAAAUGUUCAGAAGCAGGAUGGUUUACACAAUUUAGUAGGUUGAUAUUAAAAUCUCCUAGUAUAAAAUGUAUUCUUAUUUUCUCUUGCUAAGUUAUGCAAUAUGGUGUCAAUAUGCUCAAUGAAUCUUUCAGGAGAGGACGAAGGGUGCCUUUAGUUAAAACAGCACAAAAUCCUUUUGAUUUUACAUUCUUAAUCUCAACCCAAACAGUUUCAAAUUCCUCAUCAGUUACACUAAGAUCAGUUCUUUUGACAGCAUUCAGUGAUUUGCUGGUGUAUAGAGCAACACCACCUACAGCUGAUCUGGAAGCCUGUGAAUGCAAAUUAUAGCCAUGCAAGGCAUUAUUCAUUUAGAAUCCUCUUAAAACAUUUUCUCUAGUUUCACUGACUCCUAUAACUUGGAAGGGGAAGUCUAAUAAAUCAAGAGUAGCAUACAAAUUAUCCAGAUGAGCAUCUAAACGCUCUUGUAAUUGCAGGAGUUCACGAAUACUAAUCUAAUCGAACUCGGCAUCUUCGCACCCUUCCACCGCUCGGCAGAACUUGAUUUCGCACUGGAUUUACUUUUGUUGGGCAUGAUUAGAAUAAGUGAAGACAAAAUGACGAUAGCGUAGAAGAAAUGCUUAGUUAUAUCACAUAAGAAUGUCGGAAAAGGUCUCUAGCGAAGGGAACACGACCGCCAUUCCCGCUGACCGCUGACCGUAGUAGGAUAUCACCCCUUUUCAAAAAACCUGGCUUGGUGAUCCAACCUCGUUUCAACCUGGGUCUCCAACCCAACAAUCAAAUGACCGUAUAUCGUAGCUUAUGUCUAUUCUCCUUUAUUCUCUGUCAAAUUAGGGUGAUGUGCGCGAAUACAAGAAAGUCAAAAUAACACCUGCAGCUUUGGGCCAAGUGUUAAUUUCGCGAUGUGGUACCGAGGACAGGUGGCCCUCCAAUACAAGUGCACAAAAGCGUGACCGGGAAUUCCUUGAAAAAGGAAUUUCCUUUAUACCUGAAGCCAUCAAGGAAGGAGCAGAUCUUGAAAAUACCGCAUUUAUCUUUUGCUUCCCAGGAGGAGAUUUUGCUGUGAUAGCAGGAAAUCAUGACUGGGAAUUCACCUUUUUGUUGGAUGAAAAGGGUUGCAUUAAGGUUGAAUGUACUCGGGAAACCACCAAACAUUGGCUAUGGAAUGUUGCUCGGGAAGGUUGGAAUUAUGGCGCCGUUCUUGUUAGGGAAAUGGCAGUUCAAUUUGGUACAGUUCAAAUCAAUACACGUAAGAAAUAACCCAUGAUAUGGUUUGAAUGAUUCGUUUCGGGUCGCCAACUUAGACACCGUAAAAGGUACUCAAGAAAAAACUCGGGCUGAAAAAGGGCAAAAAGUAAAGAAAGUGGUCACUGUUGCAGUUAGUUACGAUAGAAUUUUAGCCAAGAGAUUGUAAAAUAUUGCACUUUGGACACUGAGUAUACAUAACAGUCAAUGUAAAAUUAUCAUAAUAUUUGCAAUUACACUACCUCUAGUUUACAGCAUCAU